AUGCUUAUUGUACUCUACAACAUUGGUAUGUAUGGUUCGUGUUUAAAUAUGAUCACAUUUCUUCAAAAGAAACUUCGAAUCAAUCCAUGCGGUGUUUAUCUACUGUCCACAUCGGUUAUUGACUUCAGUAUAAUGAAUGUAAUACUUCUUAUGGAUAUUAUCGUCGAAUUCAAUCCAUCUCUUUCGACGAUUAUUGAAGGAACGAGAAUCUGGUGUAAAUUGGGAUCUUACCUUAACUUUAUUCUUCCCUGUUUGUCAUCAACAUAUCUCACACUUGCAUCAAUUGACCGAUUUUGCAUCAGUUCAGCAAGCCCGACACUUCGACAGUGGAGUUCGCUAAAAAUCAGUCGGAUCGUUGUCGUUAGCGCCUUUGCCAUUUGGGCUCUAAUCGGAUUGCAUAUACCAGUUAUUUAUGAUAUCAUUUACAAACCAAUGUUUAGGAUCUACACAUGCAACGUAGCUAGGGGCUCGCGUACCGCCGUCUUAUUGAUUGAUGGAUUUUUAUUUUCAUUAUUUAACGGAUUGAUCAUUCCGUUUAUUUCAUGCAUAUUCGGUCUAUUGAUCUAUUUUAAUAUGAAGAAAAGUCGGGCUCGAAUUCUACCUCAACAAAAUACGGAAACAACGGGCAUUAUAACAGUGCCUGCUCACAGGAAAAGGAUUGCUCUUAAUCGGCGAAGUUCCCAUAUGCUAUUUAUGUUAUUGGUACAAGUGCUUGCGACAUUCUUUUUGAAUAUACCAUUCAUAGUCAUCUAUCUUCUAAGAUAUGUUGAUAGAGGGCAAAAAACCGUAUACGAAACGACGAUUUUCUUGAUAUUCCGCUAUAUUGGCCAAUGGUUAUAUUAUCUGAACUAUUGCAAAACAUUUUACAUCAAUACGUUGACAAGUCGUCUAUUUCGACGAACUCUUUGUGGACAGUUUUGUUCGCAUUUAAAUAGAUAG